UGAAAGUGAGGAGGGGCGGUAUGGUUUUCUUUUUGACAAUGUCGAUAUUUUUCCCCUAACGUCAGUCACAUCACAUUAUGGUAACCAUGGAAGACACACCCAUGACCACGCCUAGUGAGGUAUCCAUGGAAACACCACACCCACAGGAUCCUGUGCCCCACCCUAUGAGAUGGGAGGCUCCCAACCGUUCCUUCACAAAGUACAUUUUAGAAAAAGGCAAAGGGAUCGAAACCCCCAACCUAGGUGCAACCUGCGUUGUCCAGAUCAUACCGUUGGUCAGCGAAGGUCUGGAACAAGGGCUUGUCGGGUACCCUAUGUAUGAGGAGAGUGAGAUAACUUUAGGUGAAGGGGAUACAGAGAUUUCGGAGGCCCUAGAUGCCUGUUUUGAGACUAUGCAGGCAGCCGAGGUGUGUGAGGUGGAGGUGGGUAAGAAAACGGUCGGAAUGGGAGCCGGCGACAAAUUCCUGAGGUUCCAGGUGCAGCUGAAAGAAUUCACCCGCAAGGACGAGCCCUGGCACCUGGGAUCCGACGAGCUAUUGGCCGUCGCCGCUCACCACAAGAACAAGGGAACGGAGUGCUUCAAAGCGGCGAGAAUCCGCCCCGCGAUCCGUCGCUAUUCCCGAGCGCUCAAGCUCCUCGUCAUGUUGGGAAAGGAUAUUCCCGAGGACCAGAAAACGGCGUACACGAACAUGAGAGUGGCGUGCUAUCAGAACGUAGCGGCGUGUCAGAUCAAACUGAACCAACACGACUUUGUGAUUAAGAACUGCAGUAAGGCACUGUUGCUAGACCCCGGGCUUGUCAAGGCACUAUACAGAAGAGGCUGUUCAUACACUGCCAUUAACGAGUUUGACAAGGCAAGAGAAGACUUACAGAGAGCCCUGGAGAUCGAACCAGGCAACAGGGCAACAAUCGAACAAUUAAAACUCCUGGAGAAGAAGACAAAAGCCCAGGAUGAGAAGUAUGCUAAAGCCAUGGCUAAGAUGUUUGGUGGGCCGGUGAAAUAAGCCAACAGGAAGCUGUCUUUGCAGUCAUCCCGAAGACUACUGUAAAUCGUGAAACUUUUGUGGCGGUUUUAUUUUCCGCGGUGACCUGUCCUAUGCAAAUUCAUGAAAAUGUCUUCCUUGUACUGUACUGCAGAAUUAUUUCAACUGCAAAUUUAAAAUACAAAGUUUUCCAUUCCAUGCCAUGAAAUAAAACCCUUGCAAAUGUUUGAUGAUUUACAGUGUACACUAAUGUCUGAAAUUUAAACACUCAAUGUGAUAUUUUAUAUCAUGCCCACUUAUAAUCUGGCAUGUGUUUGUGUAUUCUUGUUAAAACUUAGAUGAAGAUACACUUACUGACUUAGUCCACUGUAUGAAAUAAAUGUAUCCAGAAGUACUAGUAUACAUACAUGUAUAUACAUGUAUGUGUCAGGUCCUAGAAACGACCAUACACGUUACAGUGUAAUAUAGAAAAUACAGGAUUUCAACAUACAGCUCCCAAAUCCUGGGUGCGUGACACUUACUUUAAAUUGUUUAAGGGGACUUUGCAUAAAUCUUGUCCUGAGCAGCGAGGAUUGCAAGUGCAAGGGCAGAGACUUGGUUUCAUUUGAUUGACAGGGUUGUGACCCAGCAUGCCCUGGGUGGUAGGAUGUGGCAUGAGCUGAUUGCCAGGAAUGUAUACACUACAAUCAUGUAACCAUGGUAUGAAAUAUAAACCAUGUUGUAAUGAAGUAACGAUACCUGGUUGAGCAUGAUGUAA